GACAACUUCGAUGGAUUGUAAUGCGGCCACGAAAGAUCCUAGUGAUACAAGUAUACCUUCUUGCGAAAGCUGCCGAAGGCGAAAGCUGAAAUGUGGCCGGCAACAGCCGACCUGUAUCAAUUGCGACAACUUUCAAGUUGAUUGCAUCUAUAAUCUUGACAAAAAGAAACCAGGCCUUAAAAUCGGUGCAGUUGAGAGCCUAAGUCGACGGCUCGAGGUUGUGGAGGCUGCUCUAUCGCAUCGGACCCCCUUGCAACACAACAGAGAAGAUCUACACCGCAAUGGAAGUAUCAUCGAAGAUACUACCCAACACACAAUUGAGUCUACCCAUAAUGUUCUCUCGUCGUUGACCAAAGAACUCCAUGGUCUUACCAAUGCAGUCAUUGCAGCACAGUCACACGCAUUACACGGCCGCAUCGUCGACAAUACGCUUGUGUCAUCAACGCCGCCAAACAAGAGAAGGCGAGUCCCGUCAGACAACGGUGUCUUCACGCUCAUUGAUCCUUCUCAUGGGUUGGGUGCAACUUCUGCUGGCCCUAUUGUCUAUCAGAAUGCUCAAGUCUUGGAUGCCUAUUUUAGCCGUAUACAGCCGUGGCUUUCCAUCAUUCACGAGCCAAGUUUCCGCAAGCAAUUCCAUGACCAGCGGCUGUCCAAGUCUAUGGAGUUAGUUCUUCAGGCUAUGCUGGUGGCCACCUUUCCGUUGGAGGGACAUACUAUACCACUGAACCUCACACCGUCUGAGCACAUAAAGGAAGCCCGCAAGUCUAUAAUUUCCACAGCACUAGAUACUAUGUGCAUUGAGCACGUCCAAGCUCUCCUUAUUCUCAUUUAUGCUGAUAUCGUCGAUGGUAAAAUACGGCAAGCAAGGUCAUUACUUGGCUUAGUUACUAGACAGCUGGAACUUUUAGAUAUUCAUCAAGAGCCGUCCAGCAACAAGAGUAGGGAUGCCCCGGUCCAGAACACCGCCACAAUUGAUUGGGUUAGCGAAGAAGAAGAGCGGAGGCUGGUAUGGAACGUACAGAUUCUUGACAGACUGUGCUCAGCCUUGAUUGGAGGCACGGGGCAUGUUACAGUGACUGCUUUUUCACGUAGGCUUCCUGCAUGCGCAAGUUUUUGGUACUCGAAUAGACCAAGGGAAACGCCGUUUCUCAACUGCUCUCACGUAAUGGAUCAUCAUAGCGACGCGUGUCGAGGCUCUCCAGCCAAGGCAUGCAGUAGCCACAAACUGCAGAUGGACCAAUUCACAUGGAAAGGAUCACUGGCUUUCUUCAUCGAUACCGUAGAGUCCAUGGGCGCUAUCUUAGAUCAUCUCCAUCAAGCUGUAGUGUAUAGCGACCGGGAUAAUGUCUCAAGCUGGCUCAAGAUGUUUAAAGACCUCGACAACCGUUUAUUCCGAUGGAAGUCCGAGCUGCCACAUCAAUGGACUGAUUCCGGCAUAUCGCGGCACGUAUUGCCUGGUGUCAUGGACCCGGUCAUGACGGAAGCGAACGCUUUGCACAACACAAACGUUAUACUUCUCCAUGAGCGCAUCGCAUACCCAGAGGCGGAGCUUCGCUUUGUUCCCCUUCCAUGGUCACAAAGCGCGGAGACGUGUCGCAAUGCUGCACUGGAGGUGUGUAGCAUCAUUCGUAAGUUCUUACAGCAAAGGAAAUCAGAGUAUCCGCUGGGUCCUUAUUUUAGCUAUUGUGCUUUCGUCAGCGCAAGAAACCUUCUGAUGUACUCGCAAGAGCACCACAGUCCGCUUGUCCGCGACUUCUGGCACCUCAUAGAGGCUCUUGAGUGUAUGGCACAACGUUCAAAUGCUUCGAGUUUCAAAGGGAAUGAAUCAGUGGAUAUAUUCUGCAGGCUUGCUGGAAGAUUGAGAAUGCUGCACGGAAGAUCACACGUUGACUCGUCUCAUGGUGUUAAUGUUGCGGAACCACCGCUUGGCUCCUCGAUUGUUGACACUGAGCCAAGACAAAGACACUGGUGGUCAGAGGAGGUCAUGGUUGGCAUGUUACAGCAGAGUAUGAAAGAUAUUGUUCUAACGGAACCCGGCGGUUCUCAAAACACUCACCAAGACUUUGCGCGUAGUGAUCUACAUCACAGCGCCAUGGAUAUCACUCUCCAAUACGAUAGAGACCUCAGCCUGCCACGGGUUGAGGUGCCGUAUGCCUCCGCACAGUAUUGGAACCCAACUCAAGGGCAGCGGACGAUGGACCCGCUGCUUGAUAACGACGAUCUUUUCGCAAUCUCUCAGUCCCUCAUCAACCCAGACUUUACGGAUCUAGACAGGGUGUUGAACUUCGAUAAUGUGUUUUCCACGAGCACCUAA